AAGUAGGGCAAGUGGCUGAGGCUAAGGACUGCAAUUCCAUCCAGCCUGGUUCAUUUCAGUCAUCCGCUCAGUGCACAGACGGGACAAGGAGUGCAAUUUCAGCGCUGCUUCUUUGUCAAAGCCCCCCAAAAGAUACAAAGCUUGAAGUCAAAAUGGUAAAGUACGUGCUACAGCACAGCGAGCUGAAAUCCGAGGAGGUCCUGUCGGAGUCCGAUGCGUCCAUGGACCAGCAGGAUUUCGGAGAGAUGUCCGACUAUUCUUUCAGCGACGUUUUAUACUCCAAAUGUUCCGCAAUGGACCAAAUCGGCACUUUUAUGAAGAACGUACAAGUGCUGCUCGAUGCAGCAAAUUACAUAGAAAAUAUCGAGAAGAACAACGGAAAAUGUGAGCAUGGGUAUGCUUCAACAUACCCUGCAAACCAGACUGCACAUCAACAGAAACAACGUAAAUUCAAAAACAGGAAAUUGGACAAUAUUCACAAUAGGUCAGCACACAAUGAACUUGAAAAAAAUAGACGAGCACAUCUCCGCCUGUGUUUGGAGAGGCUGAAGUCCCUCAUCCCUCUGGGACCAGACUGCAGUCGGCACACCACGCUGGGAUUGCUCAACAAGGCCAAAGCACAUAUCAAGAAACUUGAAGAGGUGGACCGGAGGAGUCAGCACCAGCUGGAGACCUUAGAGAGAGAGCAGAGACACCUGCAGAGGCAGCUAGCCCAGCUGCAGACUCAUGGAGAGAGGGAGAGGGUCCGCACAGAAAGCCUGGGCUCACGGAUGGACUCUGACCGCUCAGAGUCUGACAGAGAGGAAAUAGAAGUUGACGUGGAAAGCACUGAGUUCUCCCAUGGAGAAAUGGACAGCGUAAGCACCAGUGGCGCAAGUGACCUGGACGACCACAGCAGCCGGCAGAGCUUAGCCAGUGACGAAGGAUACGCCACAUGCAGUCUAAAACUGGCCUUCUCUGCUUAAAGCACCAGCCUAUACAUUCACUUCAGCUGCAGUCUUUUAUGGCUUUCACCUCUCCAAGUACCAGCCUACAGCUCCAUUCUCCUUCGCAGUUUAGGUUCCCUGUCUUAAGAAGAACCAACCUCAAUCCCACCUGUACCUGACAAAUGAAACAUCUACUCCACCUGAGAACCAGCCUUAAGUUCAACUCAGUCUAAAAGUUUAAAAUUGUCUCCUUCCAGAAGUCAAGGGGCUCCUCUACAUCAGUCUGAAACAUUUUAUACAUCAGCCUCAAACUUAACUUCUCACCCAAUAUAGUUUCUUCAUUUUUAAAGUUGACUAAACCAAUCACCUGAAUCUCCCUUUACCCAUAGCCAGCUUGAAUCACCUGCACUCAAUACUGAUCCUGUAGAGGACCCACGAAGGGGAAACUCUACCUUUAGUCAAGUUGAUCUUCUGAAACCAGCAAAAACACUCACACACAAAAGAAAAAAAAAAAAAAAACAGUACCAGCUAGAAGCUCACCAUUGGGAACGUUUGCUCCAUUUGCCUUGUAAAAACAUUGCCCUUUUCUUUGGAUAAUAUAUCCAGAAGGCACUUCUUGUCAGUGAACAAGCCAGUGACAAGGGCUACAAUGUCUGCAUUCCAAAAUGUUUAUUACACUUCUAUAACCUCUGCUUUAGGACCCACAACCAUCAUUGAUCCACGUGGUGUCCCUCUUCUUGACUGAAGCACAGUCAUAUCCAAACAGGUGGUGUAGUCCACCCUUGUUAUUCUAAUUUAUUUUGCAUAUGAUUAUAGUAUUUAUUUUUGGUAUAUUUAAUUGUACUGUAGCUAGGUCUUGGUCAUGCUUGAAUGAAAAAAAAAAAAAACAACAAAAAAACUGCUGUUAAAAUUAUUUUUUUCAUUAUUAUUUUUUUAAUGUUUACCCAAUUACUUGAUGUAAUUAAUCCCCACUGAGGCAUAUGCAGUGCUACAGGUUUAGUGCAUUACUCAGUGGUGUUUUGCUGAAAGAAGGAACCAUCUCUUUCACACUGUGCGCAUAUUCUAUUUCAUUUUAUCUAGACAGUAAUAAGCUAUCCCGCACUUGUCCAAGUACAAGGUUCAAGCAAUAACGCGUCUAGUUUUUAUCAUAUCUUUAAUCUUUAAUGUUGGCUGUGUUUAUGACACACUUCUGUCCGUCCAACACCAAAUUACGGUUUGCUAGUUCUCCACUUGCUCCAGUAGUGGUAUCAGUUAUUAACAAUCAACAGUAAAAAUGAUUGUAAUUGAUUAAAAAGAAAAAAAAAAGCUAUGGUGCAUGUGUAUUGAAUGUAGCCUUUCUAAUCAUGUUGUAAUGUGCUUUGGAUUGAAAAGUCUUAUACAAAUGUCUGUAGCAUGAACAACAUACACACUACAGAAUACUAGUUUUGGUUUAUACUUAAAUGUUUAAUACAGUAUCUUUUUUGUAUUGUAGCAGAAAAAGUACAAGUUUGAAUCCUUGAAAUUAGGAGACUUCCCACUAAUUCAAUGUAUAUUUGACACAUAGAAUUGCACUGCUGACCUGUUGGAAUCCAUGAAACCAAAUAAGACAAUAUGACCAUCACCAUUUCAAUAUGACCAUGUAUCUGCAUUUUUCUGGUCCAAGUCCUAAGUAGAUCACCACCAAAUUGUGUCUUAACAUGGGUAUGACUCUUGCACAAAGUUCCUUGUUACAGGUCUUUUCUCCCCCCAACCUGUUUGGGAAACUAUAAAAUGCACUAUGAAAAAGACUUUUGUUAAGGAAGUACGUUGAAGCACACCCCAGAAUGUUUUCUCUUGUGCUUAAUCAGCCAUCCAAGGUGACUUUUUUGCAAAACAUGUGCUGCUGGUCCCCUGCUAAUACUUUGUUACAGUUCCUGACAACUGUCCCUGGAAUCUUAAUAAACCUCUUCUACCCAGA